AUGCGUUUCUGUCAAAAACUUUUUGGGUCAGCCAGAGUGGUGAGGUCAAGCGGUUCCAGACUUGGGAGCCCAAAAGGUCGUCAAGCUAUCAGCCUUACCCAAGCUGCCGUUUCAAGAAUAAAAGAACUUAUUCUACAAAAACCUGGUGCUAAAGCGUUGAAGAUAGGUGUUCAACAAAGAGGAUGUAGUGGAUUAACUUAUACUUUAGAAUAUGCUGACCAAAAAGGAAGGCUUGAUGAAGAAGUCGAGCAGGAUGGUGUAGUUAUUUGGAUUGAUUCAAAAGCUCAAUUAACGCUAAUAGGGUCUGAAAUGGAUUUUGAACGUUCUAAACUGGCUGCAGAAUUUAUUUUUCACAAUCCAAAUAUAAAAAGUACUUGUGGUUGUGGUGAAAGUUUCAGCAUGGAUACACCAUCAAUUAAUAUUACAGGUGAACCUCAAACAAUUAAAGAAAUAAAAAAUGAAAAUUUUAUCAAUCCUCAAACAUGA